UUCUUUUUCCAUUUGCAUAAAACAGCCAAAUUGCAUAGGCCAUUGAAUGUUGCAAGCUAUUAUCUUAAUCCAAUGAUGCACUAUAAUCCUGAGUUUAAAGCAUAUUAUAAAGUCAAGUGUGGAAUAUAUAAUUGUUUGGAUAGGUUGGUGGGAGACAUUGAUGAGAUCAGUAAGGUUGAUGCUCAAAUUGAGGGUUUCAUGAGCAAAUCUAGAUUUUUUUGGUAGUCUAAUAACUGAAAUCAAAACCAAAACUCAAACAACACGAUGAUGGGAAUCAUUCGGGGAUGAACACCCAGAAUUACAAAGGUUUUUUAUUAGAGUAUUGAGUUUGACUUGUAAUUCAUUUGGUUGAGAGCGUAAUUGAAGUAUUUUUUUAGUGGGUAAAAAUUUAAAUUUACGAAAUUGAUUUUAUAAUUAUUUGCCUCACCACCCAGAAGGCUAGUAUGAUGUAUUAAAUAAUUUAAUAAUUAUUUAAGUACACACCAAGAAAAGAAAUCAUUAACAAAAAAAAAUCAUGAAUGAUGUGGUGUUUGUGAUGGCUAAUUCAACAAGAAGUAUGUUAGGAAAACAAAACGACUAUAACAUUGAUAACAUUGGUUCUAAUGAUGAAUGGGCUAUGGAGGAGAAUGAAGCAAAUUCAACUAUGGAUGCUUCAGUUGAAGAAAUCUUAGUUGAAGUUGGAGAAGAUGAAGAUGCUAGUGGUGUUGCUGCUGCACCUAUGGAUGAUUUGGAGGUUCCUCCUGUUGAAAUGUAUUAUGCAUAUGUUACUGUGUAGCUACUGUGUAGCCCAACUUUGAUGGUUGGGAUUAAUUCCCACCUACUACAUACUCUAUUUAUAGAGUAUCACACAUUGUAAUAAAUCAUAAAAGAAAUAAAAACUACUUAUGUAGUUAUUUAACAUGGUAUCAAGAGCGGGACAAAAUCUGGCUUCUGUCAUCUCCGUCACCAUCGCCGCCGUCAACGCCGCCGUCACCGCCGCCGUCGCCACCGCCACCGCCGCUGUCCACCGUCGCCUUUCCUCCGGCGAAGUCAAGGGUUAGGUUCGCCCUGAGAAGCGCGACCCAACCCUGGUGGUCGCCGUCUCAUUCGUCGCCGCACGCUCCCACACGCGCCACCUUUCUCCGGCGACUCUCAGGCGCGUGCAUCUCACGCGCCACCCUCCCGGUGUCAGAGCGACACCGCGUCUCCACCAGUCGUCUCGCCUGAGCUCCCUGAGCGUGUUUAGGCACUUCGUUUUGUGUUCUGGUGUUUUUGUUCAAGACCUAGGGUUUUUCUCCCUAAAGCUAUUUGUCUCUGUUUCAGUUUUUUUUUCAGAUCUGGAAUGGCUUCUUCUGGAAUUAAUUCUUCCUUCUCUGCAACUCCUAUCAUUACAUCUGCAAAGUUGAAUUGGAAAAAUUAUUUGUCAUGGUCUUCUGCGGUGGAAUUAUGGUUUCUUGGUCAAGGACACCAUAAUCACCUUGAACAAGAUGCAUCUAUGGUCUCGGAGGAAGAAAAACCCCAAUGGCAGAAACUAGACUUCCAGUUAUGUGCUGUGUUGUGGCAAUCGGUUGAACAAGAAGUUCUAGAUAUAAUGAGACCUUACAAGACUUGUUUCUCUUUUUGGAAAAGAGCUCAAGAUAUUUUUGCUAAUGAUAUACAAAGACUUUUUGAUGCAACCGAGAAAGUAUCCUCUCUCAAACAAAUCAAUCACGAUAUGAUUUCUCAUAUAGCAAAGGCUAGAGCUGCAGUAGAAGAAUUAAAAACAUUCUUCGUAGCUGAUUCAUUAGAAAGUAUUAACAAAAGACUUGACAAGUAUUACAUGGUCUUAAUCCUUAGAAGUUUGCACUCUGAUUUUGAUCAUGUCCGUGAUCAAGUUUUAGCAGGAGAUCAAAUCCCGUCAAUGGAUAAUUUGGUUACUCGACUCCUUCGAGUACCUACUUUAGUGAAAGAAGGGAAUUCAACUGAUGUUAUUGAAACUGCAGCAAUGGUAGUUCCACAAGGAAGAGGAAGAGGUAGGAGUACUCGAGGAGGUCGUGGAGGUCGAAGUGGGCGUGUGCAAUGCUCAUACUGUAAGAAAAUUGGCCAUACCCAGGAAAGAUGUUAUUCUUUACAUGGUUUUCCUGAUAAAACUGUGCAGGUGUUUAGAUCUGAUAAUCCAGAAUCUAAAAUUUCCGACGAAGAAUAUCGAGAAUUUUUGAGGUACAAAUCUGAAAAAUCUACCAAUCUUGAUCAAUCAUCCUUAAUGUCAACGGCAUGCAUUUCUCAAACUAGAGAAAGUCAAAAUUCAUGGAUACUUGAUUCAGGUGCUUCAGAUCAUCUCUCUGGAACAUGGAACGGGACGUCUGAUUGGGGAAGGACGUGAGUCACGGGGACUUUAUUAUCUAAAGCCUAGUUCAUCUGUUUCCUGUCUUUCAACUUUAUCUCCUAAACUUUUGCAUGAUCGUUUAGGUCACCCAAGUUUGUC